CAGGUGUCCAUGCCCCUCCUCUCGCCGGCUCCGAAGCCCCGCCCCUCGAAGUUCCUCCCACUCAUUCUCACAGUAACCAGACCACAACACUGAGCUUGGAGCACCAAGAACAGGUCAGGCCCGUCGGCAGGAGCCCCACCCUCUUUGGCCAGGAUGCCUUUGGGACGCUUGGCAGGGAGCGCCCGCUCCGAGGAGGGAAACGAGGCCUUUCUGGAGGAAAUGGUGGAUUGGGAGCUGAGUAGCCUGCAGCGACAAUGCAAAGUGAUGGAAGGGGAGAGGCGGGCCUACAGCAAGGAAGUCCACCAGCGCAUCAACAAGCAACUUGAGGAGAUCCGGCGCUUGGAGGAGGUACGGGGCGAUCUCCAGGUGCAGAUCAGCGCAGCCCAGAACCAGGUCAAGCGGCUUCGGGAGAGUGAGCAGCUGGAGAACAUGGACCGCCUGCUGAAGGGCCGGGCCCAGGUGCAGGCAGAGAUCGAGGAGCUGCAGAAGCAGACCAGGGCCCUGGACAAGCAGAUCCAGGAGUGGGAGACGCGGAUCUUUACCCACAGUAAGAAUGUCAGGUCCCCAGGAUUCAUCCUGGAUCAGAAGGUCAAGAUUGGGCGAAGGAUCAGGAUCCUAGAAGACCAGUUGGACAAGGUCACCUGUCACUUUGACAACCAGCUGGUGCGGAAUGCGGCCCUGCGGGAGGAGCUGGAUCUGCUGCGGAUCGACAGGAACCGCUAUCUGAACAUGGACCGCAAGCUGAAGAAGGAGAUCCACCACCUGCAGCACCUGGUUAGCACCCUUAUCCUCUCCUCCACCUCUGCCUACGCCAUCAGGGAGGAGGCGAAGGCCAAGAUGGGCUUGCUGCGGGAGCGCGCGGAGAAGGAGGAGGCCCAGAGCGAGAUGGAGGCGCAGGUCCUGCAGCGGCAGAUCUCGCACCUGGAGCAGCUGCACCGCUUCCUUAAGCUUAAGAACAACGACCGGCAGCCGGAUCCUGAUGUCCUGGAGAAGUGUGAAAAGCAGGGUGAGGCUGGGGCUGCUGCUUUGCAUCUUGAGGGCCUGGCCACCCCUAGGGCACUUGCAGCGGACCUUGGUGCCCCAGCCCAGGAGGUGGCUGAGGGCGUCCGGAAGACCUCCCAGGAGAGGCUGGUGCUUCGCUACGAGGACGCCCUGAAUAAACUGUCCCAGCUGAUGGGGGAGAGUGACCCUGACCUGUUGGUGCAGAAGUAUCUGGAGAUCGAGGAGCGCAACUUUGCUGAGUUCAACUUCAUCAACGAACAGAACUUGGAGCUGGAGCAUGUGCAGGAAGAGAUCAAGGAGAUGCAGGAGGCUUUGGUGAGCGCACGUGCCAGCAAGGAUGACCAGCAUUUGCUGCAGGAGCAGCAGCAGAAGGCGUUGCAGCAGCGCGUGGACAAGGUGCACUCAGAGGCUGAGCACCUUGAGGCCCGCUUCCAGGAUGUGCGGGGACAGCUGGAGAAGCUCAAGGCUGAUAUCCAGCUCCUCUUCACCAAGGCCCACUGCGACAGCAGCAUGAUUGAUGACCUCCUUGGGGUCAAGACUAGCAUGGGAGACCGGGACAUGGGCCUCUUCCUGAGCCUCAUUGAGAAGCGGCUGGUGGAGCUCCUGACAGUGCAGGCCUUCCUGGAUGCCCAGAGCUUCACCUCCCUGGCCGACGUGGCCCUCCUGGCACUGGGCCAGAGCCUGGAGGACCUUCCGAAGAAGAUGGCCCCACUUCAGCCCCCUGACAAUCUAGAAGACCCCCCGGGUUUUGAGGCCAGCGAUGACUACCCCAUGAGCAGGGAGGAGCUGCUGAGCCAAGUGGAGAAGCUGGCGCAGCUCCAGGAGCAGGCGGAGGCGCAGCGCCAGAAGGACCUGGCCGACGCCGCCGCGAAGCUGGACGGCACCGUGAGCGUGGACCUGGCCAGCACCCAGAGGGCCGGCUCCAGUACCGCCCUGGUGCCCACCAGGCACCCCCAUGCCAUCCCCGGGUCCAUCUUGAGCCACAAGACUAGCAGAGACCGUGGCUCUCUUGGCCGCGUGACUUUUGGCCUCCUCAGCUCCAGCACAGGGCAUUUGCCUAGCCACGUCACGCACAGUGACCCCAACACUGGCCGUGUGACCUUCGGCUCCACCAGUGCCUCAAGUGGGGGCCACGUGACCUUCAGACCCGUCAGCACCAGCAGCUACCUGGGCUCCACUGGAUAUGUGGGGUCCAGCAGGGGCGGAGAAAACACAGAGGGUGGUGUGGAGAGUGGAGGCACAGCAUCCGAUUCGAGCGGAGGCCUCGGGUCCAGCAGAGACCACGUCUCCAGCACCGGCCCUGCCUCCAGCACUGGCCCGGGGUCCUCCACUAGCAAAGACUCCCGGGGCUAACACGAGGGGCAUGCAGCCCCCACCCUGCCCUGGCUCUCUGUGGGGUCUUUUUUUGUGUCUCUACUUCCCUGUUUGCCUUGUGGGUCUCUGUCUUUUUCUCCCAGUCGCAGGCCUCUGUCUUUUUGCCCCUUCAACUGUUUUCAUCUGCCCUUCAUCACCGCCUCACCUAUGUCUCCUGGUUCCUUUCUCUCUGCUCCUGACCCUGCUUUUCCCUCUGCCUCCCGAUCUCCUGUUCUCUCGGCUUCCCGGUCAGAGUCUGUCCAUCUUGUCUCCGUAUCUGCCCCUUCCCUGUCUGCUGAGCCCUGGCCCCCUGUGGAUCCCCCACCUCCUGUUCCUGGCUCACUCUCCUCAUCUCCAUCUCCCAGGCUCUCCAUGCAUCCUGUGUCCCUGUCUCUGUAGCUCCUCACUCCCCAAGAGCCCUCCAGUGCUGACAGGUGUGGGAAAAGUCAGGGCGAAGACGCCAGGUUCAGCAUGGGAAAAUGGGACUGUGGAAAUAAAGUGUAUGUGUGGAGA